UCAUGGGGCCCCCGUGCAAUAGGGGAUCAUGGGGCCCCUGUGUCCUUGCCCAAACUCAAAAAAAGCCUAUGAAAAAGGUACCAGGGGCAUCUCAUGGGGCCCCCUACUGACCCCGGGCCCUCGGGCAGUGCCCGAGUUUCCAAAUGGUCAGUCCGCCCCUGAUCUGUCCGCCCCUGGCAAGGUGUCACGUCUGACAUCAAUGCUUACUACGUGUGAAUUCUGUGAAUGAUCACAGAGGUCACAUGGUACAGGACUAUUCACAACAGCCUUGUACCAUGUGACAAGCUGUGA